GGACGCGCAGCGGGAGGACUUGCAUAAAAGUGAGCUCUGAGCGCUUUUCAGGCUCUUUCGACGUUUACGUUGGGUUACUUUCGGUUAAAUCAGCGAGGAACAACCCUAAUAUGAGAAGUCGCGAUAGUUUAUUGUAGCGGAAAUAAACGCAAAAAAAAAAAAAGGUCCUGUUUUUAUUAUUUCUAGGCAAGACGAGACCAGAGUCGAGGAAAAGACUUGCAGGACUUAUCCCCGUCAACUUUUCGGCAUUGUUUGCCUUUUUUUUUACGAGUAACACGCCUGGACUUGUGAACGUGUACACCAAGGCCGGAAUAAAAGCACUUUGGGGAGUUUGUUGCCUUCAAUCACCAUGAUGUCGAGCACAUCGAUGUACGCAGCCAAGAAACGGAAGAAACCGGUCCAGAAGACGCCCAAACCCCCUCCGCCUGAAGGAGCCAAGUCCAACCCGUCCAAACGCCACCGCGACCGCCUCAAUGGCGAGCUGGACAAGCUCACCAGCCUGCUGCCCUUCACCGACGAGGUCCGGAACCGGCUGGACAAGCUGUCGGUGCUCCGCCUCAGCGUGGGAUACCUGAAGGUGAAGAGCUUCUUCAACGCUGCCCUGAAGGCCGGCCAGACCGGAUCCGGCUGGACCGGCGAGCGCAGCCUGCUGUUCGGAGGUGCAGCCGUUCCGCCCGCCUCCGCCCCUCCACUCUCCACCUCCAUCGAUGGCGUCAGCUUCUCGGAGGGGGAACUGCUGCUCCAGGCGCUGAACGGCUUCGUGCUGGUGGUCACCGCCGAAGGCUACAUCUUCUACACGUCGCCCACCAUCCAGGACUUCCUGGGCUUCCACCAGUCAGACGUGGUCCACCAGAGCGUGUUUGAGCUGAUCCACACCGACGACCGGGCCAUCUUCAGACGCCAGCUCCACUUCUCCCUCAACCCCAACUCCGACGGCUCUGGGAGUCCCAGCGAUCAAAACAGCACUGAGAUCAGCACCAACGUGGUGGCGUACGACCCGCAGGCCAUCCCCCCGGAGAACUCGUCAUUCCUGGAGAGAAACUUCUGCUGCCGGUUCCGCUGCCUGCUGGACAACUCCUCCGGCUUCCUGCCCCUGAGCUUCUGUGGCCGCCUCAAGCUCCUGCACGGCCAGAACCAGAUGUCGGAGGACGGCGCGCUGAUCCACCCGCAGCUGGCCCUGUUCGCCAUCGCCACGCCGCUGCAGCAGCCGUCCAUCAUGGAGAUCCGCACCAAGACACUCCUCUUCCAGAGCAAACACAAGCUGGACUUCACGCCUCUGGGCAUCGACACCAGAGGGAAGGUGGUUCUGGGUUACAACGAGAUCGAGCUCUGCCUCAAAGGUUCAGGCUACAACUUCAUUCACGCCGCCGACAUGAUGUACUGCGCCGAAAACCACAUCAGGAUGAUGAAAACCGGAGACACCGGCUUCACCAUCUUCAGGCUGCUGGCCAAAUCCGGCAAGUGGGUGUGGGUCCAGUCCAACGCUCGGCUGGUGUUCAAGGGAGGAAAGCCAGACUUUAUCGUGGCCCGACAGAGAGCUCUGACAAACGAAGAAGGAGAAGAACAGCUCCGCCUCCGACGGCUGCAGCUGCCCUUCACCUUCACCAAGGGCGAGGGGAUGCUGUACGACACGGUCCCCAGCAUCGAGGACGCCGACCCCUGCUCCGCCCCCAAGCAGAGGAGGCUGGACGACGACUCCAUCAGCCGGAACUCCCUGCUGGGCUGCAUGCUCAGCCAGGACCAGUCCAUCUACUGCGAGCACAGCAGCGCCAGCUCCCUGAACUCGCUCAGCGACGUGGCCUUCCAGGACACGCACGCCACCAUCACCAUCCCCGGGGACGCCACCGGCAAGGCGCCCGCCGGCAGCCUGAUGAAGGUGGACCCCACGGUGCAGGACAUGGUGGAGACACUGCAGCAGAUCUUCGGGGACGGCGACCUCCUGGAGGAGGUGGACGUGGGCCCGGAGGAGCUGAAGGACUGGGAGACGGCCCUGCUCAACAUGAACUUCAGCACCCGAGACCUCAGCGAAGACCUCAACGACAUCCUGAGUAACGACAUCCUGUCGUACGUGGAGGACCAGCUCCAGAAGGAGGAGGGGCUGAAGCUGCCCCAUCAGCUGGCCGGCCUCCCGGCCUCCCUCGCCACGCCGGACCAGAACCCUGACCGAGGCGGUCAGCAGGACUUCAGCUGGCCCCUGCAGACCCAGGGGACCCCGGCCAAGGGGACCAUGAAGCUGAGCCACAUAGACUUCCUUCAGAUGGACUUCUCUGGGUGUAACGGCCCCCCGCCUCAGCAGGUCAGCUCUGGAAACCUCAGCGCCGCCGUGGCGUCGGGCCCGUCUCAUGCACUCAUGGACUGUAGCCACCAAACACACAGUCAGCUGAGGACUUUUCAAGUGAACGCCACGGACUUUAGUCAGCUCCAGAACCCCUACGUGGCUCCGGCGACGCAGAAGCCUCAGGACCAGAUCUCCGGAGGAGCCUCCAACUCCAUGCUGAGCUUCCAGAGCAGCCAGUGGACCGCCACCGUGUCCAACCCGGGUCAGGCCGACACCUUCGUGCCCACAUACACCCCCAAUAUUUCAAGUGCACCGAGUUUUUCUGCAGAUCCGUCUUUGUCCAGGUGUCUAGGUGGCUUCCCCGCGCCGGCACCGACCCGGCAGCCUCAGCGGCUGUCCUGGCCGCAGCAGCAGCAGCACCAGCAGCAGCAGCAGCAGCAGACGGUGGAGUCCCUCGCUCACCUGCCAGGGUUUCAGAUGAACUCCGUAGACGUGAGUCCCGUCUGCAGCCGGCCGGCGUUCAGGGGUCCGGACCCCUCCGGUGCUCCCUUCCCCGUCCAGCAGGACUGCAUGUUCGGGAACGCCCCCUCGCUGCCCCCCAACGGAGUCCAGCUCAGCCAGAUGAGGGCGGCCCCCGUCAGCAGCCAGACCCCCUCCCACCCCCCCUGCUUCUACCAGCCCCUCCCUGGAGGCGGAGCGGUGCCGCCGGUGACGGCCAUCCCCAACCCGGACGAGGCGGCGUUGUCCUACCAGAUGGCUGCCGGUCUGAAGUCCAACGGCCUGCUGAUGGCGCCGCCGCACUUCCUCAGCAGCAGCCAGCACACGCAGAUCCCCAACCAUCCCAUCGCUACCAACGGAGGGUUCCCCUUCUCCUCGCUGCCUAAUGGGAACACCUGCUUCACCGCCAACAAAUGAGUGUCGCCUGGACUCAAAUGUCGCUGUGGUGGAAACCAAAAAGACUCCCGUGAAUGAACAAGUGGAAAAGACCGAAACAAACUAAAAGAGAAAGUUUUUUUUUCUUCCUUAGAAAAACGAUGACGGACGAUGAAAGAGUCCACGUUUGGUUCAGGAAGGCCAGAGGUCUGUGGAGAACCGGGAGAAAAGCCGGAGCUUUCACCAGAGGCGUGUAAACGAAAUCCUCUCGCAGAGCGGGCUGGAUCGUGCCAAACACAGGAGAAAGGAAAUAUGACGCUUCUAAUCGGACAUCCCAUGAUUUUACAGCUUUACAACUUCUCCCAGCACUUUCACCAAAGUGCAUUUUGAGCAUAUUUAUGGAUUUUUCCAAGUGAUUUCCGUAAUGUGUGAGUGGGAAUCCAGAAUCCCCAAAUAAUCCCAUUCAGAAAAUUAAAACAUACAUAAAUAAAAGGCUUGUUAAACUUUACGAAGUUGAGUCGUAGAGCUGGACGACUCGUCACUGGAGGCGCCUCGUCGGACACCCGCAGACUCUGGAGGGAAAAUGGGCAGAUUCGGACAAAAGUGGCUCAUCUGUUUCCCUCAGUUCAUCUGUGUCCCGGCGGGAACGCUCUGAAGGACGGAGCGCCUGUUUUAUUGUGUCCUGAUCAAAGUCAUUUCAGCUCUUUACUGUCCCGGCGAGGGAGAUUUGCUUUGCAGACGGGGUAGAAAGGUAUUUUUGACCAUUUGAAACGCGUCGUCGGUGACAUAACGGAUGUAAACUCGUCGAUUCAGUGAAAACAACUAUUUGUCGGUAUAUUUGAAAACUUUGUCACUGAGCCAGUUUAUUUCUUCUUCAUUUCUGCUCUUUUUUUCUGUGUUUUCUCGUCCGUGUUGUCGUUUUUGUUUUUGUUGUUGUUGUUGUUGUUGUUGUUGGGGGGACUGACAGCUCUUAAAGGGACAGGUGACUGCAGCUUUAAAACAUUUGAUGUUGCUUUUGCUUUGAUAUUACAAAUAUUUACCAAGAUUGAUAUCCUUUGCACAUUUAAGUUGCUGGAGCAUAGGAUUAUUUAAUUUUAGACUCCUGAAGCCACUUUUUUAGGAACUAAUCGGCAUAAAUAAAGAGGAUUUUAGCACUUAUCUUUUUUUUUUUAGCAGCCUGGAUCCGCUAGAUUUAAAGACAUUUUAUUUUUAAUGAUCAUUUUAUUUUUAUGAUCUUCAGCUCGGGCCCCUGCGGUGGUGCGGACCGGCACCGGUCCGCUGCCAGCUGAUGUUUUCCAUCUUCUUCCUGCCUCCUGUGUCCGUCGGUUCGUUGGAGCUGAGUGACUAGGAAGCAGGAUUAAAAUAGUCAAAGGCAGCUAUUCGAGGUGCUCGGUGAGGAAAACGUCGCAGAAAAAUCUCUUCUGAUCUCAAAAAUGCGUUUUUAUGGAGUUAAAACAAACAGUGCUGCAGAUUUUAGAGGCUGAAGUUGAACCAGUUCAGAAACCCAAUGCUUUAUUCUUGAGGAUGCCAAAGGGACGGGACAGAGGACGAGCCUGCAGAGAAGUUUCUCCUCAUUCACACAUUGAGUGGAAACCGAACCAAACUUCUAGUUGUAUAAAAGCAGUAAAUAGAACAAAAGUGUAGAAAUGGGGAUUAUUAUUUUAGAAACAGUCCCUGUGCAGAUGGAGCAGUAAGCGGGACCUGUUUUAGAGGUCUGGACCGCUCUGCUCCCGCUGAAACUGAAAACGUGAACUUUAAAGCAUCAGGAAAUGUCGCACGGCCAUGAAUAGCCAUAUCUUAUGUUUGAAUAUCAAUCAACAACCAAAGUUCAACAAAUCCAAUUAUUUGAAAUCACAAAAUCCAGAUUUCCGGGAUUUCAUUUGUACCAUUUGUUCGGAAUUGUUCUG